AUGGAGUCCAGCGCAACUGUUUCAAAUCUUCCUCGCCAUUUGGCUCAAAUCGUGGCCGGCAACAUCGACGGCCGAGCUGCCAAUGUCAGAUAUCGCCAGCAUGAAUUCCAACGCCUGCAAAACUCGAUCCUGAAGAACCUUAAUGAACUGAAGCAGGCCAUUGCAGACGAUUCAAACCACACUCAAGAUGAGGUGCAGGCAGAGGUCGCUCUCGCCUUGAAAGAGAUCCACUCGCACUACAGCUCUCUCGACGUUGCGCGGAGUGUGGAAGUCGAGUACAGAAUUUCAAAUGGAAUUGAUAAUAGAGAUAACAAGAGAGGAGUUGGAAUAGUCUAUGUCAUUCCCUCGCAGCAUACUCUCUUCUACUCCGUGAUCGCCGCCCUUAGCGCGGCUCUUGCAGCAGGGAACUCAACCAUUAUUGAGCUUCCCAAAACCUCGUUAAAAGUUUCUUCGCUCCUUUGCUCCAUUCUUUCGAACACCCUCGACAGGGAUACGUUCGCUAUUGCCGAGACACGACCGGAUGAUGACUUCCUUGGCUCCAUUUUCGUGCUUUCACAGCAGGCAUCAUCUGAGAACCUACAGGCACCUCUCAGUCUAGAGUCUCCAAGUACCUUGCAAACUGUCGCUAUAGUUGAUCGUACAGCCAAUCUGGCUGACGCCGUCACUGACUUGGUCAUCUCCCGUUUCGCAUUCAAUGGUCGCUCUCCAUAUUCACCAGAUGUCAUUCUCGUGCAUGAGUUUUGCGCUCAGGCGUUUGUUGAGCUUUUGGUCAAAGAGUCCCCAAGCUACUUGGGUUGUGGAUCGCAGCAGACUAAGAAGGUGGUCAAGAGAGGAGACGGUCCUUCCCUGCUGGAACAAAUCCCAUCGGACGAUAGCACCCGCGUCAUUGUUUCGGGAACUGGCUGGGCAGUUGCUCAAGUGCAAGAUCGAAAAUCUCAUUUUCUGAAAUCUAAAAUCGAUGAGCGACUCCUCUUGAUUCACACCGUUUCGAGUCUCGAUGAUGCAAUCAACUUUUGCAAUUCAAUGGGGACACUCAACGCAACCUACACCUUUGCAGCACCAGCUGCAGCAAAGUACGUCUCCGAAUCAAUCGACGCUGGAGUAGCUUGGAUCAACCAUUUUCCGCAUGACAUGCUUGUCGGACCCGUCCUUCCUUGUAACGUCGCUUUCGGUCAGAAGACCCGGUAUACCACUGAUCUCUUCCAAGUAUCUCGAGGCCAAAUUCAACAUCGAUCCUCAAACACGAGUCUAGCCAAGGAUGUGCUUGGUUCAGCGAGCACGUCGCAUGUCCAGGCUUCUUUGCAUCAGGUCUUAGCCCCUUUGCCGCCCAUGCAGCAACGACCCGGACACAAGAUUGGGUUCUUCGAGCAGGGAUUCGUAACCGGAGGAUCCCUUAUCCUCAGCUCACUGGUCGCAAUUGGGGUUGCAGCAGGUUAUCGUGUCUGGAAAAUGCGAUAG